AGAGAGAGAGAGAGAGAGAGAGAGAGAGAGAGUGAUACUAACUUUUAACGAACUAAACUCAUGAACACCACUGUACACAUGUGAGUUAUUGAUUUGAUGAAGAAUAAUACAUAAUGUUAGAUGUGAAACUUCCGGAGCUUCAGGCUACUUCUGAAUAUUUAGUGGCAGGUGUAUUUGUGUUUAAAAUCCCUGACCACAGAGGACAAAUAAUACAAACUCAUUUUCCACAGCUGUUGCGAUGUGGGUCUGUGUGUGUGUGUGUGUGUGUGUGUGUGUGUGUGUGUGUGUGUGUGUGUGUGUGUGUGUGUGUGUGUGUGUGUGUGUGUGCGUGUGUGUGCGUGACCUCAGGCUGCAGUGUGUGUGUGCAGGUCGACUGGAAUGACUCACAACUCGUGAUCCCCCUCUCUUGGUAGCGCUCAGACCUUAAAAGACGCUUUCUACCCCAAUAAUCCCUCCUGUGUGCAGCUUGUAGUCGUAGAGUAGAGUUAGAUGCUUCCAGCUUCCAGCCCACAUCCACAGCAGAACACACACACACACACACACACACACACACAUGAGUCCUGGGAGUAAUCACUGAUUUCCACUCUUGAUUACCCAGGAUGAAUAAGGUGGCACCUCUGCAGAAAAAGAGGAGACAGGAUUUUAUACCUUACUUUCUGGGAUUGGUGAUAUUUUUGUAUUGCACGGUUCAUCUUGUGUCCUUCACAGCAAACACAGCUCAGGAAACUCGCUCCUCCAGGGUGCGCCGGGCUCUCGAGAAUGAGACAGAGUGCAUCUCACCACAGUCCUCAGAGUUUCCUCAAGGCUUCUUCACGGUGCAGGAGAGGAAGGACGGCGGCCUCGUCAUUUACUUUCUUCUCAUCUUCUACAUGCUGCUGGCUGUGGCGAUUGUCUGCGACGAUUACUUCCUGCCAUCUUUAGAAGUGAUCAGUGACCGUUUGGGGCUGUCUCAGGAUGUCGCAGGAGCCACUUUCAUGGCAGCUGGGAGCUCGGCACCAGAGCUGGUCACGGCCUUUCUGGGUGUGUUUGUGACAAAGGGAGACAUCGGGGUCAGCACCAUCGUGGGGUCAGCGGUCUACAACCUGCUGGGGAUCUGCGGCUUAUGUGGAAUCUUGGCCUCCAUGGCCGGGCGUCUCAGCUGCUGGCCACUGUUCAGGGACUGCCUGGCCUAUGCCAUCAGUGUGUCUGCUGUUAUUGCUAUCAUCUCUGAUAACAAGGUCUACUGGUACGACGCAGCCUGCCUGCUGCUGGUCUACGGCGUCUACAUCGUGGUGCUGUGCUUCGACCUCCGCAUCAGCGAGUUCGUCCUGAGGAAGCUGAGCCCCUGCUGCACCUGCCUGGGUAAAGGGUCUGGGGAGAAGACGGAGACGCAGCCUCUGAUGGGCUGGAGCGACGACACCAGCCUGCGCGUGCACAGUCGCUCCAGGACGGACAGCGGCAUCUUCCAGGACGACUCGGGAUACUCUAACCUGUCCCUCAGCCUGCACGGCCUCAACGAGAUCCCUGAAGUGGAGCAUAAAAGUGUGUUCGCCGUGCCGGAGAGCGACUUGAAACGCAUCUUCUGGGUUCUGGCCCUGCCCAUCAUCGCUCUGCUCUUCCUCACCGUGCCCGACUGCAGGAGGAGGUUCUGGAAGCGAUGGUAUAUUGUGACCUUCAUCAUGUCGGCGGUGUGGAUCUCAGGGUUCACGUACCUGCUGGUGUGGAUGGUCACUGUGGUCGGCGACACCCUCGGCAUCCCUGACACAGUUAUGGGACUCACUCUGCUCGCUGCUGGAACCAGUAUCCCCGACACUGUGGCCAGUGUGAUGGUGGCCAGAGAAGGUAAAGCUGACAUGGCCAUGUCCAACAUAGUGGGCUCUAAUGUUUUCGACAUGCUCUGUCUGGGCCUGCCCUGGUUCAUCAAAACGGUCUUUGUGGACACGGAGAACCCUGUAGAAGUCAACAGCUCCGGACUCGUCUUUAUUUCCGGCACACUCCUCCUUUCAAUUGUAUUCCUUUUUGUAGCCGUCCAUGUGAAUGGAUGGAAACUGGACUGGAAGUUGGGAGUGGUUUCGCUCUUCAGCUACAUCCUCUUUGCCACUCUGGCCAUCCUGUACGAGCUGGGGAUCAUUGGGAAUAAUCCCAUAAGACUGUGCAGUGACUGAGGUCCGGCCUUCUCAGGACUCAAGCCAUAUUUUCUGAGACUCCAUUCAUCCAUAAACACAACAGAAAUGUUAAGCUUCUAAAGCUUCAAAAGUCAAAACAAGGAGGCGUGGCUCCGCUCACACACUUACAGACACUGAGCCGUGGCAGACGUGCUGGUCACAUCUCAGGAAGAGGAUGAUCUCUGUAAGCAGAUGCUUUCACCACAGGUGGAAAUGUACCAAAGAUCAUUUUCUUGUGGGCUCUUGCUCAGAACCAGAGCAGGAAGUUAUCAUACGAUGAAAACCUGUCAUCAAGUGCUGAGAUGUCUUCUGUCUUACUCAAGGCCCAUAAAUGAGAAAUGUGCCGUUUCAAGAAGUGACUGCCGGGUUCAAAGAGAUUCAAAACUGUGAAGUCAUUGUUAGCAAAUAAAAAGGUGUCAACAAGACUAA